AUGUUCUUUACGACUAAAACACUACACCGAUGUCUAUGUCGAGGUUAUAGGACACUACAGCCAACUAUAAAAGAUCAAUUAUCAUCAACACCAAUUGGAUCAAUUCUAGAAGCAAAAGGGUUUGUAAAGAGUAUAAGAAAUUCAAAAAAUGUUAGCUUUUUGGAUAUAACUGAUGGUACAACCUCAAAAAAUAUAAAUGUUGUGCUAUUGGGUAAAGAACAACCAAAAUUUCAAAUUGGUCAAAGUAUAGCAAUAAAAGGAGAAUGGAAUAUGAGUAAAAGUGGAUCAAGUCAAGAAUUUGAAUUAAAAUAUAAUAGUAAAAAUUCAGAUCAUUCUUAUCAAAUAAUUGGUACAGUACCUGAGGAUUAUCCACUACAGAAAAAAGCAACAUCAAUGUCAUUUUUAAGAACAUUACCAUCAUUAAAACAUAGAACUUCAACAAUAUCAUCAUUUUAUAGACUACGAUCAUUUCUUGAAACUUCAAUGAUGGAAUUUUUCAAUUCACAAGAUUUUACAAAAGUUUAUCCACCGUUAAUAACAAGUUCAGAUUGUGAAGGAGCAGGAGAAACUUUCAAAAUAAGUAAAUGUGAAGAUUUUUUUGAAAAACAAGCAUACUUGACAGUUUCAACUCAAUUACAUUUAGAGAGUUUAGCGUUAGCAUUAAAUAGAGUUUGGAGUUUAUCACCAUGUUUCAGGGCAGAAAAUUCCAAAACUUCGAGACAUUUAUGUGAAUUUUGGAUGCUUGAGGCUGAAAUUUGUUAUUUAGAUGAUUUAGAACCAUUACUUGAUUUCACAGAAAGUAUGGUUAAAUUUGCAACCAAGAAAGUAGUGGAAAAUUAUAAAGAUGAAUACCUUAAUGGUGUGUAUAUAGACAAAGAGGUUGUUGAAUCAAGAUGGAAUAGUAUCCUAGAUAAAGAAUGGCAAAGAAUGACUUACAAUGAAGCUAUUCAAUUGAUCAAUGAAAAAGGUGUGGAUUCUUUAAAAUUUGGUGAUUCCCUAAGUCUAGAUCAUGAAAGAUUUUUGGCAUCACAUGGACCAAUAUUCAUCACGGACUACCCAAAAUCAAUGAAACCAUUCUACAUGUUAAAUUCUAAAGACUACAGUCCAGAAAAAUCAACGGUUGCAUGCUUUGACUUGUUACUACCAGAAUUUGGAGAAUUAGUAGGUGGUUCAUUAAGAGAACACGAUUAUGAUUCACUAGUAAACUCAAUGAAGAAACAUCAAAUGAGUAUAGAAGAGAUGAAAUGGUAUUUGGAUUUAAGAAAAAAUGGUACUAUACCUCAUGGUGGUUUUGGAAUGGGUUGGGAACGAUUUAUUAAUUAUUUAUCUGGUCAUGAUAAUGUUAGAGACAUUGCUCCGUUUCCAAGAGCUCCAAGUUUAUGUAAUGCUUAA